AUGCCCAAUCGGGAUGAUGCUUCUUCACUUUUUGGACCAGCGAGCUUCGUCCUCCACGACGACACCCAGUGCGACUGCGGACGACGGACGUGCUCCGUGACAAUGAUCCCACGGGCUCAAGGCCUAAGAGCCUGUUCACGGUCAAUAAAGACUAUUCAGACACCCACCGCGGCCCUCCGUGGCUCUCGAAAUUACUCGGCCGUCUCGCUACGGGGAACACGUCUCGCUGGCCGACCGUCACAAGCUCGUCUCGCCAAUGCCAUAUAUAACGGACAUCAAUGCCGAUCGAUAUCAUGGAGUGGCCUCUGGUCGGGCAACUCUAUCCCUCCACCAGGAGAUACAAUCCGGCCGCCAGAUGAUGGAUCACCCAUCGUCACAUCCGAAGGCGUCACAUCUAUCAAGGCGACACACGGUACAGCGGAUACCCCCGACCCGUCGUGGCUCACUGCCGAACCACACAAGCCCGAAGUGCUAGAGGACAUCCAGGAUCGAUUACUAGCACCGAAAGAUGGACUACACGACAUCGACGUGCCCGAAGUUGUCGAGCGAAUAGGCUUCAUGAAAGAGGAUCUAGGUCUUGACUUCGGCUGGGGUCCCACCGCCUUCUUUCAGUACUGCAUCGAGCACCUGCACAUCACUCUAGGCCUUCCCUGGGCAGUCUCCCUCUUCGCAGUGGGCUUCAUGGUUCGCGCCGCGCUAGUCAGACCUCAAAUAACCGCGCAGAAAGAAGGCGACAAGAUGAAAGAGAUCGCCCCCAUUAUGCAGCCGCUGAGGGAGGAGUACAAGAAAGCUACUGCUGCAGGCGACAAGAAGGAGAUGAUGGCCCUGGCUCACCAAAUCAAAAUGGUCGGGAGGUCCGUUGACUUCAAGAUGUACAAGGUCUUUCUGCCUACGAUCAUUCAAAUUCCAAUAACCUACGGUGGCUUCCGCUGCUUACGCAAUGCCGCCGAGCUCCCAGUUCCCUCAUUCGAGACGGAAUCCGUCCUAUGGUUCUCCGACCUCAUCACCACCGACCCCUGGAUCCUCCCUGCACUAGUCGGCUUACUCACCUGGCGAAGCGUAACCCGCAUGCAAAAAAGUCAACAAGUAAACCCACAAAUGGCCAGUGCACAAACUUUCUUAAAGGUCGUGAUGCCCGUCGUGUCGGUCAUCUUCUGCCACUAUCAACCCCUGGCCGUGCAGCUGUGGUUUCUCACCACCAGUACCUUGAUGGCCGUUCAGAUGGAGACAUUGUCCCACAAUCCUUUUCGAAUCCGACUAGGCCUCAGGGCCAUAGGGCUAGACAAGCCUCCAGAGAAAGUCGACGCAUUCGGCUAUAGGUUCGAAGGCAAGCCCGUGAAGGUCGAGGGCAUGAAUUUGUCGCAGGAAAAUCCCAUCAACGUCAUCAACACUAUAUCGCGUAACGUUUCAACGAAGCCGGCACCGGAGCCGGAACAAGAUAUUAGUUUUAUCGACAAAGCGAUGGGGAGUGUCAAGAGUAAGGUCAGAUCAGUGGAUAUGGUGAAGAGGACGCUUGAAUCAAAGGAGAGAAAGGCUAGGGAGCAUGAGGCGCAGAUGAGAAAAAGGGAAGCGACUGAGUAUGAGCGACAUUAUCAGCAAAGGAGAGGGGAGCGGUAG